AUGAUUGGUGAUAUUAACAUCGACUUGUUGAAGCAAACUCCUGAAGGCAGUCUGCUGAAUGAGCUUUUACUUUCAUACAACAUGGAAAGGUUACCCCUACCACCAACAAGAGUCACGCAGAAUACACGCUCUUCAAUUGACGCCGUAUGUGUUGACAGUGGAAAUAUUCAGAACAUGGAUGUGGAGAUUCUCAACACUGGCAUUUCUGACCAUACUGGCCAAUUAUGCAAACUAAACCUUCCAGUUAGAAAGAAAACUUCAUCAUUGUCAGUCAGACGACAUCUCAAUAAUCGUAGCUUCAACAACCUAAAACACUGCCUGGCGGAAGAAAAUUGGGACACUGUAUUCAAAACAGAAGAUGCCAACGAAGCUUACAAUAAUUUUCUUUCGAUUAUUACAGCAGCUCUAGAUAAGGUUUGUCCCCUAAAAAAAUCGAGAAUUAACAACAACUUUAAGACUAUACCACUCUGUGAUGCAGAAGCAAGAGCACUCAAACAACAGUUUCUUGAGGCUGAAGAAAAAUUUAUCAUGAGUGGAAAAGAAGAAGACAAACAAACUGCUACCCAGCACAAAAGAACCUACGAUAACAAACUGAAAUCUAUCAGACGCAACUUCAGUGCUCAGCAUAUUAAUAACUCCACAAACAAAUCCAAAGCCAUUUGGAACACUAUCAACAAUGAGAGACACCUGAAAAAGACAAAAUCAGCAGGAAAUCUGGAUCAUCUCAAAAUUUCUGGAAAUAUUGUAGAAGACCCGACUUUAAUAUCUAACUAUUUUAAUGAGCAUUUGGCCACCAUAGCAGAAAAAACACUAAAUAAAGGUCCUUCGAGAUCCUCUGGAGGUCCAUCACCCGCAACUCAAAACACACCUCUUUACAUCCAAUCUCCACUUUUAGUACUCAAGCCGACUUCUCCAAAAGAACUAAGCGAUGUCCUAAAUGGCCUGAAAGUAAAACCAUCUGCUGGUUUAGAUGAGAUAUCAUCAAGCAUUGUAAAGGUCUGUAAAAGUGAGUUGCUUCUCCCACUAGUACAUGUUACCAAUCUGUCCCUACAAAGUGGAGAGUUUCCCAAGAAAAUGAAAUUCGCCAAAGUCAUUCCACUGCAUAAGAACGGAAGCAAACAAAGUGUUGAAAAUUAUAGGCCGAUAUAG